GGGGGCCGCGCCGCGCCAUGGCCCAGCAGCAGAUGAGCAGCUCGCAGAAGGCACUGAUGCUGGAGUUGAAGUCGCUGCAGGAGGAGCCGGUGGAGGGCUUCCGCAUCACCCUGGUCGAUGAGUCCGACCUCUACAAUUGGGAGGUGGCGAUCUUCGGGCCCCCCAACACCCUCUACGAGGGCGGGUACUUCAAGGCUCACAUUAAAUUUCCUAUUGACUAUCCAUAUUCACCACCUACCUUCAGAUUCCUGACCAAAAUGUGGCACCCCAACAUUUAUGAGAAUGGAGAUGUAUGUAUUUCAAUUCUUCACCCACCUGUAGAUGACCCACAAAGUGGAGAGCUGCCCUCUGAGAGGUGGAACCCUACCCAAAAUGUCAGGACUAUCUUACUGAGUGUAAUCUCUUUGCUUAAUGAGCCCAACACAUUCUCUCCUGCCAAUGUGGAUGCAUCAGUCAUGUUCAGGAAAUGGAGGGACAGUAAAGGAAAAGACAAGGAGUAUGCUGAAAUCAUAAGGAAACAGGUUUUGGCUACCAAAGCUGAGGCUGAGAAGGAUGGCGUGAAGGUCCCCACUACACUGGCCGAGUACUGCAUCAAAACUAAAGUGCCUUCCAAUGACAACAGUUCGGAUUUGCUUUACGACGACUUGUACGAUGAUGACAUUGAUGACGAAGACGAGGAGGAGGAGGAUGCCGACUGUUACGAUGAUGAUGAUUCUGGCAAUGAGGAAUCGUGACCUGCUCCCUCUAUGCCCCUGUACUGCCCUGUCAACUCAGGCCAGAAGGGAGCAGUGGUAACCUAGCAGCAGUCCAGCAAAAAAGUGGUGGUGGGAGGGGGGGAUCAAGAAAACUUUGUCUCCUGCUGUCUCCUGUUGUAUGGAUCUGUUUGCUCCUUUUUUAUGGACCUCUUAGAGACCCUCCACAGAAUGUCUGAAUUCUUGCAUUCUUAACCCUUUCAUCACUGUAUUAUGAUUUCUUUUUAAAAAAGAAACUUCAUUUUCCACUUCUCUAUGAAAUACAGCGAAACAGGUUUGCUUGUGUUUAGAUUCUUGAAUUAAAUUCAGUCUUGCAUUGAGAUGUUUAAUGCAUUUAAAGUUGGAACAAACCCAUUGGAAGAUGGAUUUUCAGGUGUUCAAGUGCUGCAUUUACUGGGAAGAGCAAAUUGCCAGGGUUUAGCUACUCCAUUUACAAUAAUAGCAUGUGUACAUUCAUUUAGCCUUGUGAUGGUGGCUUUUCCUUAAUGAGGUGUGGGGUGGAGAGUGUAAAGCUACUGUGUGUUGAGCUUGAUGGGAUAUUACUGAAAGGUACAGGAAUCUGUUUAGCCUGUUCAAGGUAGGAAAUAGCUGGCUCCUGGAUCCCCAGAGGACACAAUCAGCUUUGUCUCUGAAAAAGGCUUGUGAUAUGAACCCUAAAAUAUAAACACUUAACACUUCACAUCUGUACAACUGAGCCCUGGGUUGCAUUAUUUAUUUUUUUUC